AUGAAAGUUUUGGAGGAACAAGCUUUGGAAGAGGAGUCGGGAUACCAAGAUGAUGAGGAAUCUUUUUUUCAAGACAUUGAGCUCUUGCAGAAGCAUGGCAUUAACGUGGCCGACAUAAAGAAACUGAAGUCUGUAGGGAUUUGUACGGUGAAGGGCAUUCAGAUGACCACACGCCGUGCUCUCUGCAACAUAAAGGGACUUUCUGAGGCUAAAGUGGAUAAAAUUAAAGAAGCCGCUGGAAAGUUGCUGACAUGUGGAUUCCAGACAGCAUCUGAAUACUGCAUAAAGAGAAAGCAAGUGUUCCAUGUCACAACUGGCAGUUUGGAGUUUGAAAAACUCCUCGGAGGAGGUGUGGAGAGUAUGGCCAUCACUGAGGCUUUUGGUGAAUUCAGAACUGGAAAGACUCAGCUCUCACAUACUCUGUGUGUUGCUGCUCAGCUUCCUGGGGAAUAUGGGUACACAGGAGGAAAGGUCAUCUUCAUUGAUACCGAAAACACCUUUCGGCCUGAGAGGCUCAAGGACAUCGCUGACAGAUUCAAUGUGGAUCAUGAAGCUGUUCUGGACAAUGUGCUUUAUGCACGUGCAUAUACCAGUGAGCAUCAGAUGGAACUGCUAGAUUUUGUUGCAGCCAAGUUUCAUGAAGAAGGUGGUGUCUUCAAGCUUUUGAUAAUAGACUCAAUAAUGGCUCUGUUCCGGGUGGACUUCUCUGGAAGAGGAGAAUUGGCUGAGCGACAGCAGAAACUUGCACAAAUGCUCUCUAGACUGCAGAAGAUUUCUGAAGAGUACAAUGUUGCUGUGUUUGUCACAAACCAGAUGACUGCAGACCCAGGGGCUGGAAUGACAUUUCAAGCAGAUCCCAAAAAGCCCAUUGGAGGACACAUACUGGCACACGCCUCUACCACACGCAUCAGCCUGAGGAAAGGGCGUGCUGAACUGAGAAUUGCCAAGAUAUUUGACAGCCCACACAUGCCAGAAAAUGAAGCUACUUUUGCCAUCACGGCUGGAGGAAUAACAGAUGCAAAAGACUAAAACUGCACAGAAAGAGUGUUAAUUAAAUGUCUACAGUUUGUUCUUGUUGGAAUCUGUUCAGAUGAACACUCAAAUCUGCUGUACCUACUUAUUUAUUAUUUGAUUUAUCAUCCAUCUGUAUCUAUGCAUUGAAUUAAUACAAUGCACAUUCAUGU